AUGGCUUCUAUAGGGUCUAGUAGAAUUUGUGCACGGGUACACGAAAAACUGUGUCAGUGGGGACAUUCGCAAAUUGUAAAAAAAUCGACAGUGCGCGCAAAAAUUGGAUUUUACCCAUCUAUCAGGAAUUUCACGGACGACACUACAAAGGCACAGGCGCUGAAAAACGCCGUAGCAGCGGCCGCUGCUCAAACUACGACGACAUCGGGAUGCUGGCAUCCCUGUGUACGACCCGAAGUACCCGGUACCGCCCGUACCUUCGCCACCAUGAGAACCCAGCAACCCGGUUCCCUACCCGAGUACCAAGUGGAUCCGUACGCUCUUCUGGAGGACGAUCUCAGGGAUGUUUACGGAUAUAUCAGAAAUGCUCUUAGAAGAAAUACAUUCCAGGACAAUCUAUACGAAAUAGCUACAUAUUAUUUCGAUGGGCACGGGAAAGCGAUCAGGCCUAUGGUUACCAUUUUAAUGGCCAGAGCCAUCAAUUGUCAUAUGUAUAAAGAAAACAGUGGUCUGAUAGCGUCGCAACGAGAAGUAGCGAUGAUAUCAGAAAUGAUCCACACCGCGUCUUUGGUCCACGACGACGUCAUAGACCAAUCAGAUUUUCGGCGGGGUAAACCUAGCGUUAAUGUCAAAUGGAAUCACAAAAAAGUCACAAUGGCAGGUGACUUUAUUUUAGCAGUAGCAUCCAUGAUGAUAGCUAGGUUAAGAAAUAACGAAGUUACAUCAGUUUUAAGCCAAGUUGUGUCAGAUCUAGUCCAAGGUGAAUUUAUGCAGUUAGGAUCUAAAGAAACAGAAAACGAACGAUUUGCUCAUUAUCUACAAAAAACUUACAGGAAAACGGCUUCUUUGAUAGCCAACUCCGUCAAAUCGGUGGCCAUAUUGGCUGAAGGCGAUGAAAAAAUAACAGAGAUAUCGUACCAAUAUGGCAGAAAUUUGGGUCUCGCUUUCCAAUUGGUCGACGAUUUGCUGGAUUUCGUAUCGUCAGCGGAGGCCAUGGGUAAACCGACAGCGGCCGAUUUGAAGUUGGGUUUGGCAACAGCGCCCGUACUUUUUGCUUGCGAAAAGUACCCGGAGUUGAACCCGAUGAUAAUGCGACGGUUUCAAGAACCCGGCGACGUAGAGAAGGCGUUCGAACUGGUGCACAAAUCCAGGGGAUUACAACAGACGCAAUUCUUGGCGCGUCAGCACUGCCAGGAAGCGGUCAGGUUGGCCAACCUCAUAGACGAAAGUCCCUAUCAAAAAGGUCUUAUCGUAGCUGCCGAUUACGUCCUCAAUCGUAUGAAAUAG